CGAUUGUCAGUCGAUAAAGUAGGAAGCUACGAUUUUUGUCUAUGUUUUCUACGGCUUCCAUAAGCUUUUUAAACCUCUCAAACUCACAAUUGAUAUAUAUACUCUUCUAGCACAAGUCUUAUUGCUUGUCCAACAUGAAGCGCAAAGCUCACUCCCAAGCUGAAAGCCACAAACCUCACAAGAAAAAGUUUAAGACUUCAUUGGGUGAUGAAGAUGCCAAAAAGAAGUUCAGGAAAGGACUCUUCGACAAAGAUGUCCUAGACAAAUAUACAAAAGGCUAUGCCAAAUCCACGCCUUACAAGCACAGCGUCAUCCACGAGCUAAUAGACGACACCCUACUACGAACCGUCCGCGAGGAGAUCAAGGACAAUGUAUCCUUCACACCCAAGGAGACUGACAUCUACAAGAUCCACCAAUCUGGCGACCUUGCGAACCUUGAUGGCUUAGACGACGAGGCUCUGGCAAAACUACCGUCUUUACUUGCUCUUAGAGAUGCUAUGUACUCUCAAGCAUUUCGAGACUAUGUUGCUCAUAUCACUGGAUGCGGACCCCUGAGCGGUAGGAAGACGGACAUGGCUAUUAAUGUGUACACACCCGGGUGCUAUCUCCUGUGCCAUGACGACGUUAUCGGCAGCCGCAAAGUUAGCUACAUCCUCUACCUGACGGACCCCGAUAUCCCGUGGAAGGCUGAAUGGGGCGGUGCGCUAAGGUUGUUCCCCGUUCGCACGAUUAAAGGCAAGGAUGGAGAAGUUGCGAGGACACCCGCGCCAGACGUUUCCAAAAUAAUACCACCUGCCUGGAACCAGCUGAGUUUCUUCGCCGUUCAGCCUGGGGAGAGUUUCCAUGAUGUUGAGGAAGUAUACCACGCCGAAAGCAAGAAGCAAUUAGAAAAGGAGGGAGGCAGAGUCCGUAUGGCCAUCAGUGGCUGGUUCCACAUCCCCCAGAUCGGAGAAGACGGAUACGUCGAGGGUGCCGAGGAGAAAUUAGCCAAGAAUAGUGGCUUGAUGCAAUUACAAGGAAAUCCGGAUCAGUACGACUUACCUCAAUUGAAACCGGUGAAAGUCGAACAGCCACAAUCGAGCUCACAAGAGGAAUUUGACGAGGCCGAUCUAGAGUUUCUACUCAAGUACAUGACCCCGACCUAUCUAACCCCCGACACCCUCGAACAAGUCACCGAACAAUUCGAAGAAUUUUCUACCAUCACACUACCCAAUCUCCUAGGCAAGAAAUUCGCCAAAAGAUUAAGAGACUACGUCGUCGCCCAAGAAAGCUCGCCUCUGCCAGAAGAUAGUGCCAAGAUCGAGAAAGGCCCCUGGCGAGUCGCAAAACCGCCUCACAAGCACCGUUACCUAUACCUCCAAGCAGAUAGCUCGAAAAAGAAUGGAGCCUCGAAAGAAGACUCCUCACCCAUCAAAGAGCUUCUGGAAGAAUUCCUUCCAAGCCCGCAGUUCCGCCGCUGGUUACAGAUAGCCACCGGUAGCGUAGUCGAGAGUCAUGACUUCAUCGCGCGCCGCUUCCGACACGGCAAAGACUACACAUUAGCAACAGGGCACGAGGGCAAGCCGCGCCUAGAAAUGACCAUCGGCAUCACGCCGACAAGCGGAUGGGGCGGCGCCGAAGACGAGGACGAAGACGAAGAUGAAGCCGCGGCUGAAGAGGAACAAUCCAAGUCCAACGGUAAAGGAAAAAGCAAGGGUAAAGCCCCGAAGAAGAGCAGCAAGAAAGAACCUGAAAAGGAAGAACCAAUCGAAGUCGGUGGCCACGAGGUAUACAUGGCAGGAGAUGACGACGCCAACGAGGACGCGGCUAUAUACAAAUCAGGCAACGACGAUGACAACAUCCUAUUCUUUGAAGCUGUUUCUUGGAACAAUAUGUCCUUGGUGCUGCGCGACAGCGGCGCUCUCAAGUUCGUCAAGUACAUCAGCCAAAAAGCUCCUGGCGAUAGGUGGGAUAUCAGCGGCACGUUCGAGGUCGAAGAGCUAGACGACGAUGAUGAGGACGGUAAUCAGGCUAAUGGCGAGGGGGUACUCGACGAUACGGAAGAGGAGUGGAAUGGGUUUCCCUCUUCGUCGGACAGCGAUUCUGACUAGGUAGUUGGGUGAUCUACGUGUCUAUAAAGCAGGACGCAUGAAAGAUGGUCUCAGGAUACUACAAACGAU